GGCAGCUAUGACGUCGCUACAACAACAGCCCUUGCCGCUUGCAGCCUGUGCCCCGUCUAUGAGUGCGUCUGCUCCAUCUCCUGCUUGUGAGGUGUCGUCAGGUGCGACAGUUCCAGUUCCUGGUGAACUAACGCAGCAAGUAGCGCAUCAACGCAGUUGUUCUGAAAGCGAAGCUGCUGGGGCCAUCGGAUGUGAGCGCAAGAGGCGUGGAUCGACUGGGGGAGCGAGAGUUUGGUCGGCUAAUAUACAUUCGACGUCCAGACUUUGCGGUAGUCUCGGCGCUACAGUUGGGCGAGAUCUGUUUGGCAACCAAGACACAGUCAACCAGCAACCUCAUUCUCUGGACUACACAGCACUGCAGGCGGCUGGGGAACACGAUACUUGCUCAACAUCUGGUUUAUCCAUAGCUGAUGGCAGUUGCCGAUUUCCCAAACUUGAAGAAUGUGCACAUUUUCAUUAUGAAAGAGUUGAAUUAGGGGGUGUUACAUUGAGACUUAUGCAUGACGAGGACACGGAGCAUGGUACUACAGAUGACACGGAAAGCGUGCAAGGUGGACCGUGGUUUACCAUAUCUGUCGAAUCAGGCCAUUGCUCCAGUCAAAUAAAUAAUCAGAGCUUUAGUUCAUCAGCAGGUUUCAAUGGUUUAAAUUCCACGACAGCAUCUGUAUCUAUUCAACAACAAGUGGGGGUUGGAGGGUCAUUUGCACUGCGCCGAUUGUCGCUGGUCGACGGUGGUGGUUUGCUGAUUUCCGAAACCCGUUCGUCCGACUCUGGGGCGUAUCGCUGCGCUGCUCAGAACAUGGCUGGUGUGCGGCAAACAGACGCGGCCACACUGAAGGUGGUGACGCCGCCGCGUGUGUUGCGGGCACCGCAGGAUCGUGAGGCAGUACGAGGAGCUACGGCGGAAUUUCAGUGCCAAGUUACGGGUGAUCCUGCUCCAGAAGUGUCCUGGCGCAGAGCCGGAGGCCAACCUUUGCCUGAAGGUCGUUACACUAUUUUGCCUGAUCAAACGCUUGUGAUAAAAGAUACGAGGCCGGAGGACCAAGGACAAUAUGCUUGCGAAGCAACUAAUGAAGGAGGACACAUUGCGAAUAGUGCACGACUAAGUCAUUAUCCAAGUUAA